CACCACCUCGUCGGUUGGUUUGGCGAGGAGUCCUUAAUCUCGCUCGCACCUUCUCCUCUCUUUCCCUUCCUCUCUAGAAGGAGUCUUUUCUCCCUGCCAACACGCGUCCAUCUCGCCGGCCGGCCGUGCUUGUAUAAUCGUAAGAGACCAGGAUUCCUCCUCUAAUGCCUUCCCGUUCCUUUCUCUCGCGUCUCUCGUUUUCCUCCACGGUUAAUCCUAGGAUCAGGGAUAAUCGCUGUUAGAUUCUCGUUUCCUUCUUGCAGGGAUUGCUUAUUUCUUCCGGAUUUCGGGAAUAAUCGGAAGGAGUCACGAUGAGCGAGGUGUUUGAAGGCUACGAGCGCCAGUACUGUGAGAUCUCGGCAUCUCUCUCCCGGAAGUGCUCAUCGGCUGCUGUUCUUGAUGGAGAGCAAAAGAAGCAGAAGGUUUCCGAGAUUAAAUCUGGAAUAGAUGACGCGGAAGCUUUGAUUAGGAAGAUGGAUCUGGAGGCAAGAAGUUUGCAGCCGAGCGUGAAGGCUGGAUUGCUCGCAAAGUUGAGGGAGUACAAAUCGGAUCUGAAUAACUUGAAGAGUGAGCUUAAGAGGAUUUCAACUUCUAAUCCUAAUCAAGCGGCAAGAGAGGAGCUGUUGGAGUCUGGGAUGGCAGAUACACUAGCGGUGUCUGCUGAUCAAAGGGGAAGGUUGUUGAUGUCAACAGAGAGACUGAAUCAAUCUUCUGAAAGGAUCAAGGAGAGUAGAAGAACCAUGUUGGAGACAGAAGAGCUUGGCGUUUCAAUUCUUCAAGACCUUCAUCAACAACGCCAGUCUCUCUUGCAUGCUCAUAGUACAGUUGAACUGGAGCGACCUAAGUCUAGCAAUAGCUCAGCCAGUUUCGUAAUCGAGCAGGCUGAACUCCAGCCAAAUUUCCAGCCCAAAUCAAGCUAGCUUGUAAGCAGCUUGCUCGUUUGCCAGCACUAAUUAGGAGAGAGGAGGGAAAGAAGAUGGAGGAGGGGAUGGAUUGGGAGAGAGGAUGGUAUUGGAGGCACCUGUGGAACAUGCGAGAAAGCAAAAGAAUGAGGCACCUGUGGAACAUGCUAGAAAGCAGAAGAAUGAGGGAUACAGGAUACGGCACUUCUCCUUGCCUUAACCAUCAUUAGAUCUGAUUCACAUUGAAUGGUCCCAAUUGCUGUAAGCUUUAGUGCCAUUAGAUCUUGAAUUUAAUGGUUCUAAUGUUAAUAUGUAAAUACCCAUUUGAACCAUUAAAUUCAUAUGUAAUUACUACAAUGUCUUCAAACAAAUAUCGUUGACUAUUAAACUAUUUAUUAUUUAUUUAUUCUACAUAUUUAUUUAACUA